AUGGCGUUGCAUAAAAUAUCAAUUGUAUUUCUUUUAUUAUACUGUUGGCAAACUGUAGAAAGUGCAUCUAUUCUAGCGCUGUUCUCAUCUCUAUCAUUUUCUGACCACAUUGUCUACAGAGGAUAUAUAUCACUUUUAGCACAAAAAGGCCACUCGAUCGUAGUAAUGACACCUUACCCGGGCCACUUUGGGUUUCCAGAGUCAGAAAAGAUCGUCGAGUUAAAUGUCGGGGAAGAAUCUGCACUAUUUUGGGAAGAAUACAAUAAACUUAUGAUAGAUACUGAUGACUAUUAUUCAAGAAUGAGAGAAAUUAAUGACUAUUCCAUUAAAGUAGCAGUUGCGCAAUUAAAAUCCAAGCCUAUGACGGCAUUGUUAAUAAAUCCGAAUGUUAAAUUCGAUCUGGUUAUUACGGAAGCCGAUUUGCCAGUCUUGUAUGCAGUAGCGGAUAAGUAUCAAGCUCCUCAUAUUGCUAUAACAACUUCGAGCGGUAAGAUACAUCAAUAUGAAUCUAAAGGAUCACCCAUACAUCCGAUAUUAUAUCCUGAUGUCAACAGUCUUAACUAUAGAAAUUUAAGUCGGUGGCAGAAACUUGUGGAAAUAAAUCGGUAUUAUCAAACGCGAAGUGAAUAUUAUAAUAAUUAUCUUCCACGUUGCGAAAUUGCCGCGCGAAAGGUAUUCACUCUUACGAAAAGCCUACAGGAAAUCGAAUACGAUAUCGAUUUGUUAUUUGUAGCAGCUAAUCCUUUGUUAAUUGGCAAUAGACCAAGUCCGCCUGCAAUAGCAUACGUCGAUCGUAUGCACAUCAAACCUGGUUUUCAACUUCCAGAGGAACUUAAAAAAAUAUUAGACUCUGCAAAAAAAGGAGCUAUUUACUUUAGUCUUGGAGCUAUUCAGGAACCAGAGCAUCUAUCAGUAAAUGUUUUACAGACUUUAGCUGAUGCUUUUAGGGAGUUACCAUAUUUAGUAUUGUGGAAGAUUGCUAAUACUACUAUAGUAGAUAUACCUAAGAACGUAAUUGCCAACGCGUGGUUCCCUCAACAGGAAGUACUAGCUCAUCCAAAUGUCAAGGCGUUUAUUACACAUGGUGGCGCGAGGUCACUAGAGGAAGCUCUAUUCUAUGAAGUUCCAAUAAUUGGACUUCCAAUAGUGAGAUCUAGAAGAGUUUUCAUCGGAGAGAUUACUCGAUUUGGAGCUGGGGAGAUCUUAGAUCCAUAUUAUUUAGAAAAGGAAAACUUAAAGGAAGUUAUUGAAUCGGUCGCUACAAAUGACAAGUACAAGGAAUCAAUAUCGAAAUUGAAGAAUAUGGUUGUUGAUCCAAUUAUAUCAGGCCCUGAAAAUGCAGUGUGGUAUACAGAAUAUGUUUUGCGCCAUGGAGGCGCUAAACAUCUGAGAUCUCCAGCCGUAGGACUUAGUAUUUUCAAAUAUUAUAUGCUGGAUAUGUUUGGCAUUUUAUUAUUUAUAUCUGUAACGUUGCUCACAGCUUCGUUUUAUAUAUUACGCUAUAUUUUGAAACGUUUACGUAAGCGCAUUCUUCAAAGGAAUGAUGAAUCCGGUAAAUUCAAAGCUUUGUAA